UAAAGCAACAUAAACAAAUAAAAGGGGCAGCUCGAUCCUCGGACUUUUGUUCUUUGUUCAGCUAGAACUUCACGAUCAUUUAAGUGCUCCACAAUACGCUAAGGAUGGCCGAGGAACAACCGAAAGAGGUUCUUUGCGGUGGCGUACAAGCCGAGGGCGAUCUGCAAAAUCCGGAACACGAAAAGCGCAUCACCGCAGCGCUGGCCACGACCGAUGGACACGGGGGGAAAUCGUACAAAGUGCACAGCGUCACGAAGCAAGUGGUCGCCGGAAUUAAUUACGUCUAUAUCAUUUCAUUCGAGAACGACGAAUCUGGCCAAAAGUACGAGAUCUCGGUGUGGGAGCGGCCCUGGCUGAAGGACCCGGCUCAGGCCCAGAUCAUCAAGUUCAAGGAGCACACCCCAAAGGAAUGAGUGAAGAGCUGUGAUAAGAAGAUACGCGUGUCCGCUAAAUAUCUAUUCCUUUUCGCUUGAAACGAUUCUGUGAGUUGAUUCGUAAAGGCAUGUUAUUAAAAUGUAAUCUGUUCGUUUGUUAAAAUUGUA